AUGGUGUGGACUAACACGGGUCCUCGGGCGUUACAGCUGCCGUGGCACUUCGGCUAUGCGGCCAAGUGGCUGCGUGGUCACCCCGAGGUUGAAGUUGCCCAAGUAGGUUUAGAUCACAGGCACCUGUACGAGGAGGUGAGAUGGGGAGGGUGUCCCGGGCCAUUAUUGGGUAUCCCGGUGUGGCUUGGGAAGGAGUGCAGGUGCGAGGUCUGGAUAACAGGCUCAAGGACCUGAACUGGUUGAGCCUCCAUAAGGGCUUGCCCGUACGUUCCUUGUACGGGUGUGGCAUGACUCAAUCCCCUACCUGCCCAAGGCCAACUUGUGGCGGGGAGGAGACAUUGCGCCAUGUCUCCUCCCUGGAUAGUGAGGAGGGGAUAGUGAGGAGGGUGGAGCAGAAUUUGAGGGGGAGAAUGAAGAGAGAGGAGAGGAAGUGGGGGCAGCAUGCUGCUCGGGAGAGAUGGAAGGGGGGUUUAGGGUUAGGGUUAGUAUAG